CGGUGGUCGUGCAGUGAUCACUCGGACGCCGCCCGCGCCGCACGUCACGUCGACCUAAGCUCGCACGCUCGAAGCCGCACCACGCGAAAAAACACAAUAAAACCAAUCGACCCCGAGUGACCCCAAAAGUGCAUACCGAGCGGCCGACACGAACGAAACGACUUCGCGAAUACACAGAAUUAAAUAAACUAACACUAACGCUUUGCAGUAACACGUGAGCUUUAUUAACUGUUAUUAUAAGUUAUCAUUAACACAAAGGUGGAAAUUAAACUGUGCACUCGAAGACAUCAAGAGUUUGAGCAAUUGUUUCAAAUUUAAAUGAUAACGGGCGAGCUGUGUUAGCGGCCGGUGGCUGUGGCACACACAGAAUGUCAGAAGGCGACGUGUCGUUGAUCCGCGACGAAGACUUACUGCGCCGCAUGUGGCAGCAGACGGAGGACUUCUCUCGCAAGAAAGAGAUCCGCGCGCACAUGUACCGCCUGCGGGAGGAACGGCUGCGGGACCUGUACUCGCCCGAACCCACCAGGGAUGGGAAAGGUAGUGAGUUCAGUGCUGCGCAGGGCCACGUCAAGUCAUUCGCGGACCAGACCUUCCAGUCCAUGAAGAGCAAGGAGGUCCGCGACGCUGGCUCCCCACCCAAGGAGUUCACGUACCGCGGCCAAGAUCUGAAGGCGCUGUCGAACGCCGGCUGGAAUGUGGAGUCGGAGAACAAGACCACAGACGACGGGCACACGCACGUCAAGUCCGUGCACGCCAACAUCGAGGGCCGGUACGACGUGGACGGCGGGAAAGGCCAGUUCGCGGCCAUCGACCACCACAAGGAAGCUGUCACGGAGUACCACGACGACCACAGCAGUCUGAAGCGGAACCAGACCUCGUCCAACACGGCGGCGCGCGAGUAUGUCGUGCGCAACACUGACGACGGGACUCAGAUUUCGUCCACCACCAGCUCCUCCACAUCUUCCUCCAAGUUCCAGCAAAUGUCUUCAACAAGACAUGACACAGUGCCAUAUUUGACUAACGACGACUAUGACCUACCAAGUUACGAUACUAACCGCAAUGAGGACGUUUCCUCUGUAACAAGAAGACAAAUUAUAAAAACUAAUGACUACGAUCAAAGUACGAAGAAUGAUUACGAACAAAAUGUGAGAAAGAAUGAGUACCAGCAGCACGUGAACAGAAAUGACUACGAACAAAAUAUCACGAGGAACAAUUAUGAGCACAGCGUGAAGAACAAUAACUGCGAACAAAAUGUGAGCAGAAAUGAUUACGAGACCGGAGAGCUCGUAUCUAGAAAGAUCGACUACCCUGAUAACAACACCAGAGUGAUCGUAGAGACGCGGUGCCUGCCUGACGGAACUCGUGUGACUAGCACCAAGAGAGAAUUUCGGGCCCCAGUACAAAGCACCCGCUCUGAGCAAUCCUACCAAGUAAGGGAAAAUAAAUCCUAUUCCACUCAACAACGAUCUGACGUCAAAGAAUCAUCAAAAACAACUAGACACGUAACAGACAACCGCGUUACUGACAUCGUUGAUUCUCAAAGGAAUGUGGAUGAUUAUGAUUUCAAAAAACAAAUCGCAGAUUACACAAAAGACAAUGAAGAUUAUUCGGAUGUAAAACGUUACGAAUCCAAAAUAAACAAAAGAGUUGUGGAUCAUUCUAACGCUGAUGAUAACUACUCACAAACAACUCGUCACGUGACUAAAGUUACUCAAGAAGUUACUGAUAACAAUGAUUACGUACAACGCCAGCAUCGUACGAAUCAGACCCACCACCGCCAAUACGUUACCAACGACCAAAGUGAAACAGUAACGCGUGAUACUAAAACAGAUACGUUAACACCGCGUAGUGACCGUCCAGGCACUCAGGCACCACAGAAGGAACGUCCUGAGUCGCUUACACCACAUCGUGAUCACCCUCAAACGACUGAGCCACGUGAUAAUAAUCAAGACACUAUAAAGCGCAAUGAUGAUCGUCCACUUCAACCAAAAGAUUACAUACAUCAAGAAACUAGAAAUACUGAAGAGAAGAUCCAUCAUAUUAAGAAAGAAAACAAAGUAGAAGAAACUGUAGAGAGGAAAACUAGCACUGAUCGUUACCAAACCACAUAUCAAACUGAUUUUCCUCAAAAGAAAAUCAGUAAUGAUUGGAGUCCUUCCCACCAGGCGUGGGCCAGCACACUGCGAGCUGAUACUCCAACUACUACACGACCAUCGACUCGGGCUUCAUCUCCGGGUAGUAAAACCUUUAAGUCGAGUACAUCUUCUUUAAGGAGUAGUGUAAGCCCUGAUAAAGUAACCAGAAAGCCAUCAAGCCGAGGUGGAAGUCCCAGUAAAAUUGAUAGGUCCUCACCUACUCGCACAGUGAUUGAUAAACAUUCUACAACACAUUCCACACAUUCUGUAACUGAAAUUAAAACGCACAAAAAUACUACCCCUGAAGACAAAAGACCCCCAACUGGACGUUCUCCAACCAGGCCUGGUUAUAGCCCAGAGCGAAAACCCCAAGACCAUCGUCAGAGACCAAGCGUAAGCCCUGAAAAACGGCCUCAAAACUUGGCUUUCAGACCUAGUGUGAGCCCAGAUAGGAAACCAACAUAUAGAGGAUCUCCCACAGAUAACUAUCCUAGAACUGGUUCGCCAUCUCGUCCACUGGAUCGUGAUGGAUCUCCAACACAACCACGGGCGAGCCCCGACAGGAAACUGCCACACAAAGCAACUCCGACCGAUAAAUAUCCUAAAACUAGUUCCCCAACUCGUCCUCUGGAUCGCGGUGAAUCUCCAACGCGACCACGAGCGAGCCCUGAGAGAAAACCACCACAGAAAGCAACUCCAACUGAUAACUAUCCUAGAACCAGUUCGCCGACUCGCCCUCUGGAUCGUGAGGAAUCUCCAACGCGACCACGCCUUAGCCCUGAGAGGAAAACGCCUCGUCCUGUGGAUCGUGAUGAAUCUUUGCGACCACGAGCGAGUCCUGACAGGAAAGUGCCACAGAGAGCAAGCCCGACCGAUAAAUAUCCUGGAACCAGUUCACCGACCCGCCCUCUGAAGAGUGAUCAAUCUCCAACGCGACCACGAGCUAGCCCUGAGAGGAAACCAUCUCAUAAAACAUCUCCCACUGAUAACUAUCCAAGGACCAGUUCUCCAAGUCGUCCUCUAGAUCGUAGUGGUUCUCCUACACAUCCACGUUCACGAACACCAGAAAAUGCCCCUAAGGAUUCAUUUACUAAACCAGGUCAAAUUCCAGAACGCAAACAACCUUAUGAUGAUCAUCCGGGCUCUACCUCCGAUUUACCCAGAAAUACUUCACCUUCUCGACCUCAUCCUUCGGAAACUAAAGUAAGACCUGGUGAAAGUCCAGAUCGCAAACCUCAAUCAACCUUUCCUGCAACUGAUGAUAUUUCACCCAAAAGAGGAAGUGUAAGUCCUGAUAGAAAACCAGGUUACAUGAGACCAACUUCUGCCAGCAAACCAUCAGACAACUUGAAAGGUACAACAUCACCAACAAAACAAGUACCUUCACAAAAUCCAGAACGCAAACCUCAAAAUCUUUCAAAAACUACUACAAAAGUUAAAGAAGAUCAUUAUAAGUUUAUUGACGAGGAAACAAAAAUGUACACUCGAACUGAAAAAACUGAAAUUAAUGAUUCGAAGUACUCACCCUCAGGUCCUGAACGACCGACACCUAAAGAGACAAUCUCAAAAAAGAGUCCUACUAAAGGUACACCUGACUUCCAUGACGACACACCUUCAAGGAAGAGGUCUCCUUCUCCCGAGGAGCAUGUCACGUUUACUGAUCAAUAUAACCAAGUCGACACCACACAAUUAACAACAAAUGAAGAAAUAAUUACAAAGUAUCCGAAAGAUAAAGAUACUUCUCCUGAAAAAAAAUCGCCAAGAGAACCAUCUCCAGCAAAAUAUGGAACUUAUGACAAGAAAAAGCCAUAUGAUGUGGUCGACACGGAGGUUGUUAGGACUACAGUCGUAACAACUGAAGACGAUAAAUAUGAUUCAUUGACGCGUCGUGCGAAGUCUCCCAAGAAAACGCCGAGUCAGCCAAGUUCCCCAACAAAGAAGUUACCUCGCGAAAGUGUAUCUCCGGUAAAAUCUCCUACAAAAGAUUCUAAAUUUAAACACACAACUGAUUUUAUUUCUACAGAACAAAAGACCGAAGAGAUAAAUAAAAGUGUCACUAAAGAACAUCCGAGGCGGUUGAUUACUCCAUCCUCGAGCCCCACUCGGAAACCUAAACAAACUGACACGGAACCAUCAACUGGACAAAGCUCGCCAACUACUUCAGUGAGCGGCUUUGUAUACUUCAGUUCUCCACGAAACGAAAAAACUGUUGUUACUGACUUGGAUGCGCAAGAAAUUUAUUCGGAAACGAACGUAGUGGAUAAAACCACUACUACUUACAAGAGACCUGAAAGUCUCAGUGUUAAUAGACCUCAAUCUCCCACUAAAAUACCUUGUAGGUCACCUUCUCCGGAAAAGCGCGUAUCUCCGCCGAAGGACUCUCUGCCAAGAAAAAGUUCAUUGAAGAAACCUUCAACUGAGAUAACACAAGCUUCUCCAAUCGAAAAGCCACCAUCUAGUUUUAGAGUGUCGCCAACGGAAGAAUUUCCUGAUCAUAAAAUAGUGAAAAAAGAUCACCCAGAGAGUCCUGAUCCUGACGCUCCCACUGGCAAACAAAAGCCACCACUAGAACGCAGAGAAACUUAUGAAGAUCGUUGUCGCAAGAUCCUUGGCAUGAUGGAUGAUACCACUACAACUACUGUCACGACCAAGAAAACUUCUUACUUAAAGGAACCGGAAACAAACCUGAGUUCUCCUUGUCGGAGCCCUGCUCUAAAAGAAACUCCUUUCGAAUACCCAUCAGGAAAGAAACCAACUAGAACCAAAACUGAUGUUACUGAUUUCAUAACUCACGAACAACAAAAUAUUGUUCAGAUGACAACUACCCAUGUUGACAAGUUAGAUGACAAAAAAUCUAAAACGCCUAGAGACACCUCCCCAACCAAGCUACAAGAUAUUAUAACUAAAGAGAAAAAUGUUCUAAAGAGUGAUGUUACUAUCAAAGAUACGGAAGAGGUUAAAAAACUUGGCACCAAAACGGUUCCUUCUCCUAGACAAAGUCCUGAACGAAAAUCACCGAUGUCAGUUGGUGAUAAUUCAGUAGUUCAUGAGACUACUAGAACUAGACAGAGUCCCGAUAGAAAACCAACGAUUAAAAAACCCGAAGACAGAUACCUGACAGACUCGAUUUCAGUAACUCAAGACUUUGUCGAAACCACCAUUACUACUAAAAAUGACAUUUCGACUAAAGAAAAGAUAUCAACACGCUCUUCAGAAUCCCCAACAAAAAAAAUGUCAGAUAAACCACUAAAACCCGGGCAACCAUCUGAUAAGAGCCCAGAACGUAAACCCAGCGUCAAUAAAAAUAUUCCAUCCAAAACUAAUCCGGAUUACGAGGAAUACACAAAAGAAAAAUCACCUUCCAGGCCUAAUUACACAAAAACGACAACAUCUAUGGUAGUCGAAUACGACUCCUCAUCUACCAUUGAGGACGUAGAAGAGGCUCCUUCAGACGGUGACCGACCAGAACAAUAUUUCCAGCCUUCAGAUUUACCUACACGUCAAACACCUAAGACUGUUACUCCAGCAAAACAUUCAUAUCCUUCUGAUAAAAGCCCAGACCGUAAACCGAGUCACGAUAAAACUAUGAGAGCAAGUCCUGAGAAAAAACCAAAGGACUCAUCUCCUUCAAGAACUGGUCAAAGGACAACAGUUACUUCUGUGACUGAGUACGACACCAUUUCAACUGUAGAUUCGCAAGAAAGUGUUACGACUGACACAGUUAAAACAAAAAGUCCUCGUGAAACUGAAUCACCUACACGAAAGAGUCCGAAAUCUACAAAUCGCAGUCCAGAUAGGAAGACAGACAGCCGAGAAAAGCCGUCAAAUCUUAGAUCCAGCCCAGAGAAAACUUGUCCUGAUGAAUAUCCAAAUGAUGACUCCCCGACCAAACAUGAUAAAGUGCCCAGUUACAUGAAAACUACCAAAUCCGUCACAUCAAAAUCUGAUGUUACGUCAACGGAUAUAGAAAAAACAACGUCACUCAAAACAACAGAAAAACAUGUUUCACACCGUUCGUCAGAGUCACCUGUCAGGCAGACAACUGAACUAAAAGAUCACCCUCGUUCUAGUUCACCAUCUAAACUUACCGAGCCUGCUGGUCCCCAGCGUAAACCAUCAAAAGAUGAAAUCGCACCAAAAAAGACAAGUCCUGAAAAACAAGAUGUUUAUAAAAAAGAACCAUCACCAACCAGAAUGAAACCUAGUUCAGAGAAAACACCUGGCUAUAUGAAAUCGACUUCAUCUCACGUUUAUAAACAGGAUACCUUAUCUAUGACUAAAGAUAUCACGGAAAGUCGCAAGAUAGAGACUGUUGAACGACCACACGACCAUCCCCGACCGCAUUCACCAUCUAAACAGUCCACAGAUAAUUCAUACAAGAAACAUGAAAGUCCUGAUCGCAAGCAGCGACAUCCAGAACCGACUGAUAAAAAACCUCGAGAAAAUUCUCCUUCUAAGCCAAGCCCGGAUACCCCAGGCUACAUGAGAAAAACCUCCGCCAGCAUUAGGAAAGUGUCGGAAGAUUAUGAGGAAACGACUUCUCUUACAAUUGAUAGUGCACCAAAUAAUAAACCUCGCAACCUACGUCCAAACAACGUUCCCAAACAUGAUGAUUUUUCACCUCGAGCUAGUCCUGAUAGACAUACAAGCGAUAGGCUUCCUAAGGAAACUUCUCCUGUAAGAAAACCAGUAAUAGUUCAGGAUACAAAAGAUUCUUGUUAUUUAGGAACCACUGUCACCUCAAAGGAUAUUAAAAAGACUACUACGACACAAGUCACGGAAAAAGAUCAAUCCAUUUUACACCGUUCCAGAACGUCUCCAACAAGAAGUCCUUCUAAACCUUUGGAUAGUUCCAAGCCUACUCCUGGAAGCCCUAUCAAAGAAUUGCCUAUCAAUCAUCAUCCUGAUAUUUCAAAGAGUAAACCAUCUUUACCUAAAGACAGCCCAACAAAAAUAUCGGAUGAUAAUACAACUCCGCAAAUUCCACAUCGUUCAAGCUCUAGCCCCGAUAGAAAACCAAAUUACAACACGUCAUCUAAUUUGAAAACGACAACUACUACAGAAGAAAUUGUUAUCACAAAUGUCGGAGAAAGGCAUCCACUGCCAAGAUCUUCCGAAUCGCCAUCUCGACACACUUCUCGCGAACCGUCAAAAUUCCAACCUGGUCAUCUGCAUCAACCUGAAGAACCAAGACAACUUCGUACUCCUUCUCCAACAAAGAAGACCACGAAAGUUACAGAAAUAAGUACAGAUUUUAUUACGUCGGAGAAAGAACACGAAAUUUUGGAUAGAGUCCAGAAACCUGUCAGGAAACUGUCGCCAGAGCGCAAAGAACGGUCACCCAGCCGAGAAUUGAGCCCUGGUAAAACAACAACCAGUUUACAAGACAUUGACAUAACUACACAUACAGAAACAGACGAUGAAUCUAUAUCUGAGGAUGUCACUGAAAUUACAGAGAACUGCACAGUGACUAAAAAAUAUACACGUCCUGUGAAACUACAAGAUGAAAAACCUAAAGAUCAGAAAGUGCCUACCAAACAAACGACUAGGACGGUUUCUCCCACUAAGAAACCGUCGGGACUCGCUACACCUACUAAAGUAGACAAGAGCCCACAAUCUCCAACCAAACCUAGAAGUGUUUCACCAAAAAAGCCUAUCUCGUCAACGGAAAGGCCGCAAUCACCACAGAUUUCAAAACCUAGUGGAAUUAAGCCUAAAGAACAGAUACCCUCGCAUUUGACUAGGAAACCAACACCUGCUACCUUAAAUAUCAGUAAAGUAGACAAGACAGUAACUGAUAUAAAGAAGUCCACUAAUAUAAGUUCUGUUACAAAACAAAAUAGUUUCACUCGAACAACAAAUGCCAGUAAAACUACAACGAAGUCUAUUCCGUCACCAACAGGUCGUCCCAAUGAGCCAGAGACAAGACGCGCUCCAACUCCAAAAGGCAUUAGAGAAAGCACAAUUCCGACUAGGAAAGAUAACGAUACAAAAGUUAUGCGCACUAGCAGCGACCUCACUAUAAAGACAAAGAAAAUGUCACCUCAGAGGAUGAAGUCAAAACCAGAAAUACAAGUGAGUGACAUGUCGACUAAAUCAACAUUAAAAACUACAAAAUCUUCUAUUAAAGAACCGCAUUCAAAACUGCCAACCAAACCCAAGUCAGCUACAACAUUAAAUACUUCGACCGAUGAAGAUGAUAUUAUUGUUGACGUGGAACAAUCUAAGUCAUCUCGAGAGAAUUCACCAGAUCGUAUCUGUCCUACACCGGUCAACUUUGCAGAGGAUAUUGGCACUCCGCGCUAUCCUGACGAAGUAAGUGAGCCUGAUGAUGAAUUCCGCAGGAGAACACAUCACACAAUCCAUGAAGCAGAGUCUAUUGUUGAUGAUAUCGUUGAAAUUUGUGAAGAUGACGAACUAUUUGUCAGAAAAACCGACGUCGACAUCGUCACAGAGGAAGACGAAAGUCUCCUUAGUGUCACAGACAAGGUAUCGAGAUUCACAAAAGGUGUCAAUACAAUAAACAAGUCAAAGGAUACUACCACUGCCUUCAAGGAGACUGAAAAAAGAGUUCAUUCUGAUUUUAUUGACAAUAAGUUGAAAUCUGAUGAGUGUUUGCUAUCAGUGUCGGAGAAAGUUAACAAGUUUGCCAAAGGACCGCAGGAUACAAGGGAGAGUAAGAGUCCAGCACGCAGGGUCACAGACGAGUACGACAAAAAUACUGUGUAUCAAGAUGACUACACCAAACUUAGUGUACAUGACAAGGCACACUUGUUCGUAGAAACCGCAGAAAACGUCAAGACGCCGAAAGUUAAACCAACUCCUCAACGAGUGGAACGUCCUGACUUGAGUAACGUUGAUGACUCCUUAAAGAGCGAUGACUGUUUGCUUAGCGUCUCUGACAAAGUACAUAAGUUUGUUAAAACAGCUGAGCAAUUCUUGACAGAAUCGCAUGAGGUCGAAGAAAAGGAUAAAAAAAUUAAGGAACAACACGAAAAGAUUAUGCGGAAAAUUGUUACAGAUGUUGACGAUGACGAGCAAUACAUAGAGCGAACUACAAUCACAGAAGAUAUAGAUGUCACUGACAAAAGUUUGCCAAACCAACGUGAUGAGAAAAUUAAACCAAAAGAAACUACAUCAUCUCUUCCAAAGACCAAGGACUACAGCAGCCCAAAUAUCAAGCCUAACGAAAGGACGCCUGCUGUUAAAAUAACUACUCUCCGCAGUAGUGAAGCUGUGAAGAAAGCUAAGGCUCUAUUUGAAAAUAUUGCAACAACGACACAAAAACCAAAAGAAAUUUCUCAGGUUAAAGCUACCAAGUUGACCGAUAUCGGUGUAAUAAAGAAAUCUCCAAAAACCGACUCUACUACUGUUUUACAUCCUUCUGCCGAAGAUGAAUCUCCUAAUGUAACCGAUGUAGACAGCGAAGUAGGACACCCACAGAAGGAUCGACCAACAAGUGGUACCAUGACUCGACCACGCUACCCUCAAUCAGAUGACGAUAAACCACGCAGCAGUCCAUCCCGUUUGAAUGUGCAACCUGCAGACGUUCCAAGAUCUAAAUCUCCACUGCGUCAAACCAUUGAAACCACAACCACUACCAAAACUGUUGUGUCUCGAUACCCAGUAUCCGACUCUCAGAGAGCUGAAUCUCCGAGGCAACGUCCAGAGGCUGAAAAGCCCGAUAAAAUCCCCGGAUAUCUGAGACCAACAAAGACCAGUCAAAUUAAAGAAGAGACCAAAGUGGUUGAAGAUACUGAAGUCAGCAGUCGACGUGGAAGUGGGAAGUUCGGUGUAGAGCUUCGUAGGACUAGUGUGGAAAGGUCGACAGCAAGCAGCGAGCGGCGACGCAGCGUCGAACACCCCUGCAUAGAAGAUAUCUUCGACCUGGACCUCCUGGAACAAAUGUUGGAAAAGGUCGUUGGUUACGAGCAGAGGCGACGCAUCAGAUCUCAGAUUCGCAUUGCUAAGAAGAAGCUGGAAACUGAACACACCGAUACUAACACAUAUACUAAAACUACGAGACAGACCGUAACUACUCAAAAGCUUAGGUCUCCUGAGCGCCAACACACGAAAUCACCAGAACGGCAUGCUCCAAAAGCCACACCACACAAACACACUUCUCCUGACCGCCACGCCAAAACACCUCAAAGAACUAUUCCCGAACGCGUUCAGCCUAGGGAACAGGUACAACCAGUGCUUAACGGGCACUCCAAGGAACCAAACCAUGCCCUGAGCGACAGGCGCCCGAGACCACACAGUCCAGAAAAACCCACCUCCAAGUCUGUACCGAAAUCUAAGAGUCCUGUCCGCCAACCCAGCCCAGACAAAAAGACUCGAACCCGUUCUCCUAGCAAAACUGCUGCACCGAAACCAAAGCAAAACCGUUUCAAUGAGUAUGCAUCAGCCUACAUGAAGAAAGUGGGUCUGAGUGAAGCAGACAAGAUCAGGUUUGCCGAAGCGAAGUCAAAGAAGACAGCCGAAGAAAAGCAGCGGACAGUGAAACAUACAGAACACAAGAUUGUGGAAGAAUACUCGACUGCUAAGAACUUCACAGACAAAGUUGUGUCUCGGGAUGUGAUUGAGGUGGUCCAACUGAAUGGAACCAAUAAAAGGUCUCCGUCACCAGAAAAGCGACAGAGUCCUGAAAGAAAGGCACAUAGUCCAGAGCGAAUUUACGAACGUACGCCAAGUCCUUCACAAAAGCAGACAAGAUCGGAACCGUCUAAAAAAGAAACCAUCAUAAAAACUGUCUACGAAAUAGAGAAGAAAAUACCUCAAAAGCAAGUCCAAGAAGAAAAGCCGUCGUGGGUGACGAACAGGAACCUCAAGAAGAUUAGCUCGGAGACCAGAACAUUCAGUAGCAAGAAGAUUGAAGAGAAACCAAAAUACAGAGCUCCCAGCCCUUCCAAGGCCAUCACGAAACCUAUCGACGUGAUCACGUCCAGCUACGGCCCGGGGCCGCUGGACGCCGACGGCAAGCCGCUGUUCGGCAUUAGGGCGCUAAGGAACGGCGCUUCUAACUACCAAGUCAAGGGCACGGUGAUACGUCAGGAGUAUCACUCCCGCAAUGGAGGUGAGCCCGAGGGAACAGUCUCCGUGACUGCUUACUCCACGGAGCCUGAGGACCUGGAGCGUCUGCUGCAGGGCCAGGGGGAGCCCCCCUCUCGCAUCCACGGGCUCGCUGCUAUCACCACCACCAAGAAGUUCGGAGGAGACACCGGCACCACCUUGAAGGAAGCACACGGUAGGGAAGAUCGCGCCGCCAUCGACCAAUUCACUCACAGUGACCGCCGAGUCUCCGACACCAGGGUGGAAGACAUCACUGAGAGAAGCACUAACAGACGCGAAGAAAUCGUAGGAGAAACCAGACGCAUCGAGAGCAGACGAGAGGAGAUCAUAGGAGAUAGGAGCCGACAGGCGAGGGAGGAAAUUAUUGACACUUCCAAAGAUAGAAGAGAGGACAAAUCAGAGAGGAUGCAACGACGAGUGGAGAAAGUAGAGAAGAAGGGAGAUAGGACGCAAGAGAGGAGGGAGAGGAUAGAGAGGACAGAUGACAAGAAGACCGUCAGGCAGAGCUCCGUGAAGUCACUGACAGAGAAAUACAUCAAGAGUGCAAAUGAGAGCAGCAAGACGGAGCGCGCCGCCUACCCGAAGGCGGGCCUCAUCCUGCGCACCUCCACCAUGAAGGACAGCGUCUCCAGCGACUCCUCAGCACACGCUGGUCUCACACGCACAGACAGCGAGCACAGCCUGGGGUCCGUGGAGGACACGGUGGUGACGACGUCGGAGCGGGUGGACGGCGGGGUCAGGACGGUGACCACCACCACCCGCACGCACGGCUCCACCACCCACCACUCGCGGCCCGAGAAGUCCUUCCUCGACAGCAACACCAAGGUCACUGGCGUGCAGGACAUCCUCACCAGGAUGAAGAAUGCUGACAUAGUGAUCCAGGAGGGCGACACGACGGAGGACACGGAGGCGCGCGCGCUGCUGAACAAGUUCCUCGGCGCCACCGUGCUGAUGGCCGGCAUGCAGAACUACGUCACCGAGAAACCCACCGGCAAGGUCGUCGUCAAGCAGGAGACAGUCCGCACGAGCAGCAGUGGUGGCGGCAAAGUGACCAGCACACAGACCAGGACUAUCGAGGACUUUGACGUCGACCAGUGCUGGGACGAGCGCCUCCUUAGGAAACUCUUGGACGAGUGCAACGACUACGAGCAACGUCGACGACUGCGCGCGCGCAUACGCACACUAAUGGCUGAACAAGAAGCAUGCGCGAGCGCCGUGACGGAGGCCCUGGCGGCGGCGGGCGAAGCUGAAGGUGCAGAAGGCGACAGUCGCGAGGAAGAGGAAGUAACUGUGACAUCGAGCGUGAGGAGGAACUCGUCAGAAAAAACUGUUAGUAGUAGCACCACCACCGUUAAGACAUCUAAAGUGAUAGAGAGUAUGACCAGGCCGGCGCCCAAGCCCGUGUCGCCCUUCGCCAAGUUCCGGCAACUCGAAAAACAAAACUCAACAAACAGUCCCAACUCGCCCAAGACCCCGCAGAGCCCGGGCUCUCCGGCGCAGCCUUACUUCAAGUUCACGGACCCCGCGCUGCAAGCCAGCGCCGUCACUAUUAAAGAACGAUUGCUGCAGUGGUGUCGCGACAAGACCCGGGACUACGAGAAUGUGAAGCUGGAGAACUUCUCCACGAGUUGGGCGGACGGGCUGGCGUUCUGCGCGCUGGUGCACCACUUCCUGCCUGACGCCUUCGACUACUCCAAGCUCUCGCCUGAGAAACGCCGACACAACUUUACGCUCGCCUUCAAAAUUGCCGAUGAGAAGGCGGGCAUCUACCCCCUGCUAGACGUGGACGACAUGGUGGCCAUGCGCAAGCCGGACUGGAAGUGUGUGUUCACAUACGUGCAGUCCAUCUACCGCCGGUUCAAGGACCAGGACUGACCGCCACCUGUUGGUCGCUCUCACGCGAGACGGGAACACCGUGUACUGUCACUGCAGACGUUGUGGAGCCUCGAGGGGUAAUUGAUUAGACUGCCUCGUAGUCUAAGCUGGCGAUUAUUUUUAGAAGGCUUCAGUGAUUUAGUCGAGAGUACCUGUCAGCUGGCCCGGUCCACCCGGUGCGAAGGCAGCGUGCUGACAGUAGACGGUGUUCCCGCCGCGGGGGUUCAGGCGCCGGCGCCGAGUAGUAGAGCGCUGUAGUCACAAAUAGUUCGUACGAAGUGUGUUAUAUAAAUCCAAAGAGCGUAUGUUGUUGAUUUGUUCGUUUGUUAUAAAUGUUUAUGUGUCAGUGUCCGCCCAACUCGUAUCUCCAAGCGCUGUCUCGAUACAGUCCUCCUAUUUACUAUUAUCUCAAGAUGUGAUUUUUUCUACGUUAGCUUGUAAGUUGAACUAACAUUUAUAUACCGAGCGACUACUGGUAGGUCGUAGCGUAGUUCCGCACUGCUGAGGAUCGCUUGCACUUAUAUAUCCACAUAAGAGAGUAGUAUCCUUGUUUAUCAGUGUACAUACUGUUUCACGAUUAUUUAACAUAUUUUAUGAAUUUGAUAUUAAUAAUAACAGCGGCUUCAUGUAUUCGCUACUGAUUUUAUGAAAUUUGAUAUUAUUAUAUGAUUAUUAUGUUAAUUUAUAUUGAUAAUGAAAUAAAUAUUGAUUAACAAAA